ACUCCGGAGACGAUCUUCGGCUUUAGCAGCGACUCUGUGUCAACAUCAGGAGAUGAACAACAACCAGCGGCGUUUAGCUGCUAAUCAAUCUAACGGAUGUAUAAUUUGCUUCCCUGUCUGAGUGAGAACCUCACGGAGUGGUGUGUGCAUCCACCUGGUCUGCAUUCAGCAGCAGAGUCUGACAUGCUGAUGGAGAAAUAAAGCCCCCUGAUGGAAACCCAGAGGAAGAGCUCUGGGGAUGACAGUGGUGGAGAGCGAGGCCUGCUCCACACCUGGAAGGGCUACUCUUACAGCGUCACCCCAGAAAGGCUGCUCCUCCCCCGGCCUGUCCUUCAGGUUGCCCUGGGCACACGGCAUGGUGUUCUGCUGGUGGAAGGAGGGCAGGUGUACAGUUUUGGGGAGUUGCCAUGGAAGCAGAGUCAAGUGCCCGAGCCGGAGAAACCCACCCUGGAGAGCGCGCUCAGCGGCCAGCGGGUGGUCGCUGUCGCAGCUGGAAGCUUCCACAGCGGGGCAGUGACAGAGGACGGUGGCCUCCACAUGUGGGGGGACAAUGGCUCAGGUCAGUGUGGCUUGUCGGGCCUCAGCACCGUCCCCAACCCUACUCCGGUUGCUGUGGUGGACUCCGACACCAGCCCACCUCAGACAGUCCCGGUGCUGGAGCUGGCCUGCGGGGAGCAUCACACCCUGGCACUGUCGGCCCAGCGGGAGGUGUGGGCGUGGGGCAGCGGUUGCCAGUUGGGCCUCAACGUCACCGUCUUUCCUGUCUGGAAACCACAAAAAGUUGAGCAUUUGGCAGGCAGGUAUGUAUUACAGGUGGCUUGCGGGGCUUCACACAGCCUGGCUCUGGUACGCUGCCUGGGCCCUCAGGACACCCACCGCCCCCCUGUGGAUAAAUGCAGACAGUGUAACCAGCUGCUGUACACCAUGACAGACAAAGAGGACCAUGUCAUCAUCUCUGACGGUCACUAUUGCCCCCUCGGUGUGGAGCUCACCGAGGACGAGGGCAUGCUGGAGGUGCCUGCUCUCACACAAGGGCUUAAAACAUCCCCGUCCGAGCCGGUCCUCCCCUCCUAUUCCUCCACCUCAGUGUCCCCAGUGCCUGAUAAAGGUGCAGAGCCCUCCUCUGACCCCACUCACCAUCAGGACUUGGACAAAGAGGAAUCAGCCUUGGCUAACGGAGCACUGCCAGUCUCAGACUCUGACCCCUCGACUCAAUUGAAAGGAGGUGCUGCUUUGGGGGUCAAGAAUUCACCCUAUCCAGACGAGCAGGCUGUCAAAGACUACCUGAAGAAACUGUCCGAAGUUGAGCAGGCGGCUAAGACGACCACUUCAGGACUGCACACUGUGCUGCCCUCAGCAGGAGGACUCGCCUCCUCCACCCAUGGCUCCACGCUCAACAGCCUGGUGGCCUCCUGCGCCUCUGCCGUGGGCGAACGGGUCGCCUCCACCUAUGAGGCUUUGUCCCUGAAAAAGAUGAUGAACUUCUACUUGCCCUCGGGAGCAGCAAGGCCAGGCAGUCCGGCGGGCCUCACAGGUGUCGUGGCCGACAACAACGCAGAGCGCGUCCGCCAGGAGGACUCUAUGCAGGCAAAAAAGAGUUCCAGCACAGGGGACAUCCGCGAGGAGGAGGCCGAGGGUCUGCGGCGCCGCCUCUCACUCCCAGGACUCCUCUCACAGGGUAGAUACGCUGUUCACCUCUUAUCCUCCUCCUAUACCCUGCUGCUGUCCCCACGGCUGCUGAGGAAAGCCGGACGUCCGAGGAUGCGUGCAGUCGCCCUCACCCCGCUAGGAGGGGCAGUCCCAGAGACCCAGGAGGUGUUUCCCACCCUGCAGACGGAGGUGUGGAGUUGGGGCGACUGUGAGCACGGACAGCUGGGUCAUGGAGACAGUCUGGCCAGAUUACAGCCGCAGUGCAUCAAGAGUCUGAACAAAAAGGAGGUGGUGCGGGUGGCAGCCGGCGCUCAUCAUUCCCUCGCUCUGACCGCUCAGUCUCAGGUGUUUUCAUGGGGAAGUAACAGCUGUGGUCAGCUUGGACACAUGGACUCACCCAGCACUGUUCCCCGCCUUGCAAAGAUGUCAGAGGGAAUCAGGGUGUGGGAUGUAAGUGCUGGAGAGAGACACACCCUCCUGCUCGCCGACGGAGACUGCAUCCAGCCCAUCAUUUAUUACAGCGGACAGCAGGUGAAAGAGGGGGCGGAAGAGAGCCACGCCAAGGACCUGGGUCAGCAGGAAGAAGAAGAGAAAGAGGAGCAGCAGUCGGGCACCCAGCAGCCUGUACUACUACCCUUCUGCAUGAACCUGCGUUAUGUGAGCAAUGUGUUUGCGGGCGGCCAGCGGUGUGUGGCGCUCUCAGACCGGAACGUGAUGGGCUUCAUCGCCAGCCUUCACGAGCUGGCGUCUGCAGAGAGGAAGUUUUACUGCAAACUAUGUAACAUCAAGACUCAGAUUUUACGCCCCCUGCUGGAGCUGGAUUCUCUGAGUUCAGCCCUCAGCCAGGUAGCCCUUGGGCUCCUGCAGACUCUGGCGGGCCGAUUCAGCCUCUUGUGUCACCUAACCGGGCAGCAUGCCGCCAGCCUCACUGCCAACCUGCGCCGGGGCCGCGAUGUCAAGAGCCUGCUCAUCCUAGACUACGCUGACAUCUUCCUCGACUCUUACCACGAGUACUGCAGCACUGUGGGCAACUUCCAGGUGAUGGGAGGUUUCCAGACCCUGACCAAACCCUCACUGGAUUUCUUUGGGAAGAGUCCUGAGCUGCUUCAGAAGCUGUCAGAGUGCAGCGAGGAGAACCCCACCAUGGCUGACCUCCUGGUGGCGCUCUUCUACCUCCCAACUCGCCACCUUCACGAAUACGGCCGGCUGCUGCUCAAACUGGCCACCUGCUUUGAAGUGUGCUCCAGUGACUACCAGAAGCUGCAGGAUAGCUGCUCCAAGUUUGAAGCUUUGGCCCUCCUGCUGAAGAGAAAAAGGAAGGACGCCGAUUACACCUUCCAUUUCUGGAAGAACUUCCCCGGAAAAAUGACGGACUCACUGAGGAAGCCCCACCGCCGGCUCAUCUGUGAGAGUAGCAACAAAGCUCUGACCCUGCAGAACGCCGGGAGGUUUUCCGUCAACUGGUUCAUCCUUUUCAACGACGCUUUGGUCCAUGCACAGUUCUCCACCCAUCACGUUUUCCCAUUGGCCACGCUUUGGGUGGAACCGAUCCCAGAGGAGAACAAUGGCCUAUAUGGGUUAAAGGUGAUCACACCAGAAGAGACGUUCACCCUGCUGGCCUCCUCUCCCAUGGAGAAGGCCAAGUGGCUUCGCUCCAUCAACCAGGCGGUUGACCAGGCCCUGAGUGGGGCAGGGCAAGACACUGCGUCAGUCAGCUCGGGGUCGGGGCAAAAGUUGGAGCCCCCCAUCUCCAGGACAGCGUCCUACACUUUUUAUAAGGACGGACGGCUGAAAGAGGCAACGUAUGAAGGACGCUGGCUCGCCGGGAAGCCCAACGGCAGGGGAGUGUUAAAAUGGCCUGAUGGGAGAAUAUACACAGGGACGUUCAAGAACGGACUGGAAGAUGGCUUUGGUGAGUUUGUCGCUCCCAUUAAGACACUCAACAAGAACGACCACUAUCAAGGUCACUGGAAAGAUGGCAAGAUGCACGGCCUGGGGACAUACAGGUAUGCUAGUGGAGAAGUUUACGAUGGAUCCUUCCAGGACAGCAUGCGACACGGCCACGGCAUUCUGCGCAGUGGCAAGCUCAAUACCUCCUCCCCCAGUGUCUUUAUUGGCCAGUGGCUGCAGGACAAAAAGACCGGCUAUGGCGUCUUCGAUGAUAUCACAAAGGGUGAGAAGUACAUGGGUAUGUGGCAGGACCACCUGCGGCAGGGCACCGGGGUCGUCGUCACUCAGUUUGGCCUGUACUAUGAAGGAGCCUUCAAAGACAAUAAGAUGAUGGGCACUGGGAUCCUCCUGUCAGAGGACGACACCACCUACGAGGGGGAAUUCUCUGACGACUGGACCCUCAAUGGAAAGGGCGUGCUUACCAUGGCUAACGGUGACUACCUGGAGGGCUCCUUCAGUGGCGAAUGGGGCUCUGGCCUCAAGGUGGCAGGGUCCUACUUCAAACCACACCUGUUCGACACUGACAAGGACAAGACCCGCCCUGUGAAGCUGGGGCGUAUGUGUGUGUGUGCGGAGGAUAAGUGGCGGGCAGUGUUUGAGGAGUGUUGGAGUCAGCUGGGCUGCGAGGUGCCGGGCCAAGGUGAUAACUGGAAGGCCUGGGAGAACAUCGCCGUGGCCCUCACCACCAGCCGACGCCACAUCCAGGACAGUCCGGAGAUGUUGUCUCGAAGUCACAGCAGAACCUUGGAGAGUCUGGAGGUUAUCCCGCAGCACGUUGGGCUGAUCACCAUGGAGAGGUAUCACACCAUCCGCCUCUACCUCCUCAAGGCGUGUGACACCCCCCUCCACCCGCUGGGCCGGCUUGUUGAAACCCUCGUGGCUGUCUACCGCAUGACCUACGUGGGCGUUGGAGCAAAUCGUCGGCUGCUGCCUCAGGCGGUCAACGAGAUCAAGUCUUACCUCAACCGCAUCUUCCAAAUUGUCAGGUUUCUAUUUCCAGACCUGCCAGAAGAGGGUGGUCUAAUUCCAGAGCCGACCACCAGCCUCCAGGACAAGAAGGAGCCAGGCUCAACCGAUGCCCCGCUAGAGUCACCUAAACCUGGCCGUGUGGUGAGCAGCUCGGCUCUGCUGCUUCCCGUCCUGCUGCCUCGUCUCUACCCGCCACUCUUUACCCUCUAUGCUCUGGACAAGGAGAGAGAGGACGACGUCUACUGGGAGUGUGUCCUCCGCCUCAACAAGCAGCCUGACUUGGCACUGCUCGCCUUCCUGGGUGUUCAGCAAAAGUUUUGGCCUGUUUCCAUUUCCAACUCCAUGCCUGCACUUGGGGAGAAGCAACCGGUCCUCUCCAGCACCAAAGAUGCCUGCUUUGCCUCUGCAGUGGAAACCCUACAACAGAUCAGCACAACUUUCACCCCAUCAGACAAGUUGCAGGUGAUCCAACUCACCUUUGAGGAGAUCACGCAGGAGGUUCAGUCGCUCCUCAAGCAGGACUUCUUGUGGUCGAUGGACGACCUUUUCCCUGUCUUCCUCUACGUGGUGCUGCGUGCACGAAUUAGGAACUUGGGGUCAGAGGUCAGCCUCAUCGAAGACCUGAUGGACCCCUGCGUUCAGCACGGAGAGCAUGGCAUCAUGUUCACCACACUUAAGGCUUGUUACUAUCAAAUCCAGCAUGAGAAGAUCACUUAAGGUGAGCGUGGCGUUACUUCCUCAGUGAUCUGCGUGCUGCCACCCCACCUACCAUCACAGCCAAUCACGGGGGCCAGGGUCAUCGAAGCUUCAGGGUGAUGUGUGCAGCAGCCAAUGGGAAGCAGAGGAUCAUAUCAACAGGUUGCUGACAGCUUCAUCUGCUGCUGUUAUGCAGACAAGGCCACCUCCCCCUCUCUGUCUGACACCCACACACACUUUG